AUGAGUGGCGGCAUUCCAGAGCCGAACCUCCGGAUUCUAACGGAAUGGUACGAGCGCCACCGAUCAUUAACAGACCACAAACCGACAGCUACCGAAGCUCUCCAGAUAAUCCCGAUUCGUAACACCAUUGAAGUCCCUUUCUUUGACGGGUUGGGGGUGAGGGAGAGGGGGAAGAUAUUAAGAAGAAAAAAACUACAUUUAGUAGAAAACCUUACUUUCUGUACCCCGUAAAUCCCAUCUGCUGUUUUCGGAUCCAAGCCUGUCUGAAAGAGAUUCAAUCAAGAUGAAAAUAAUUGGUGUUGCCGUGUUUGGAGCCGUGUUCUGCACUGUUCUGACUGCAUCCCUGAAAGUCAAAGAAGAACACAAGAUUGCUUUUUUCGGCGAGGAUGUGCACAUCCCACUCCCAUCCCUAGUCAGCACUGAGGUUCUGUUCAAGCCCGCCUCCAACCGCACUGCCGAGGUGGUCCUGAUGAGGGACGGGCGGGUGGUGGGCCAACGGGCCCAGCUCAACUCCCUCAAGCACCUCAUCCUGGAGGAUGUGGGGGAGGAGCAAGAGGGCAUGUACGUGAUCAAGAACACUGAGGUGCCUGCCGAUGUCAAACACAUCAUCCUCAUCGUCAGAGAUUGCGCGCUGGAGCAGGUGGUCAAGUACGGUGAGACAUACCACAUCCCACUCGGUGACAUCUUUGGCCCUAUCACCCUGGAGUUCAGGUCCAGUCAAGCCCAUGCCAAUCAGACCACGGAGCCACCGGCAGUGGUAUUGCUCAACCAGACUUCCAUCCCCCCAGAGGAGUACAAGGGUCGUCUGAGUGUGUCUGAGAAAAGGGUGACUCUAAGCAUGGUGCGGGGGACAGACGAGGGAAGCUUCACCGUACUGGACCGCGAUGGGAAAGUCAGGAGGAGGUCAUGCCUGAACGUGAAAGAGCACCAGAACUUCGUCCACCUAUCAUAUGGCAGUACUUUGAAGAUCAACCUGUUUGUGGACCACACCAAAGUCAACCUCAUGUACACUCCAGACUGGGACCGGAAGGACCGGGUCAUACUAGAGCAAGGAGAGCUAGUGGUGCCAUUGGACCCAUCACUGGACGGCAGGCUGACUGUAGAAGGCUCCAUGUGCAUUCUGGAGAGGGUCCGGGUUAGUGACAUGGGGCUCUUCAGAGUGACAGACCUGUUGGGGUUCCCUGUGACCAACAUCUACCUGGAGGUGGAAGCCUAUAAGUUACCCACGCUGUAUGUUGCAAUCCUCUCCUUACUGGGCUUCCUGGUCCUCCUCUUGCUGGUGUGUCUGCUCUCCUGCCUGAUAAAUGUGCGCCGUCGGGCGGAGAAGGCGCGUCAAAUUGCCCUCAUCGCCCAGCAGGCGGGCAAGGGGGAUGGAGACGCAUUCGUCAAGGUUGUUCAAGAGGCCUAUACACGGUUCGCUGAGGAAUCCACUUUGGCGUCUACGUGGGACAACAGCAAUGCUACAGAAAGCACGGAGGUCACCAUUAAGGGUCUGGAGGUAUCCAAAGCAGGCCGCUACCACACUCUCUCCUCGGACAAGAACUUCCUGGAGAUGAGCGACUCGGGGGUAGAGUUCAACUCCUCCGCCUUCCCAUUGGACAGCGAAUGUGAGACGGACGUGCCCCAGACCUUCACCUCCCACAAGCUGCUCCUCAACAACUCUGACAGCGUGGCCGCCACCAUCAUCCCCGAGGGAGACCAGAGUGCCAACCGGACCCCCGACUCGGCCAUGAGCCCCAGCUACGUGACCCAGGCCCGGUCUGAGGCCGACGCCACUGAAGAAGACCUGAUGGGUGUCACCACGCCAGAAAUGGCAUCCAGGGGCGCCGAGCUGUCUGCAGCACUUGAGGCAGCCGGUAAAGCCAUCAGCCCGUCAGUUCCCAAUGCCACUGCAGAGAGCACCACCACCUAAGAGCUCCGGCAUUGCAUUCCUAAAAGCGCAGACACAAACCACCGGACACCCUAACAACCUUUACUCUUCAGCCUCAAUUACUCCCCCCCCCCCCCCCACACGCAGACAUAACCCAAUUCCUUAUCACUGCUUUUAUAAACUAAAACUACACAAAAAUGCUUGGUGUAAAAAUUGCCAGUCUAAAUGCACUAGACUUACUCCCUAAAGAAAAAAUACAAGACCCUAGCUCAUUAGAACGCAUGAAUUCUGUGCAUACAGGAAAUGCAUGUGUAAACAGAGUUAAGAACGUACCGUAAGCUCACUCCACAGCUAGCUUAAAAUGUCGCGGAUGGAGCCAUCCAAUUGAUACCUUUUGGGAGGCUCAACACGUUGGAACGUUGUCACGUGUGUUGCGAAGCAUAGGAUCACUGGUUCGAGCCUAGUAUGGGGCAGUCGGACAGUGGAGGAAGCUAAGCUGUUAGCAGCAGACUGACCCCUGUUACACAUGCAUUUAAAUUAGACUUAAAAGCCAGGAUUUAGCCUUAGCUGGCCCAAGAGACAAUUGAUAGUAUUAAUGACCGCAUAGUGCAUGCAUGCCUCUCUUGGCCUAAGAGAUAAUAUCUAAGAUAACUUGGUGGACUAAGGGAAAAUGCAUUGUGAUGAUUAAUGAAAAUACAUUAAGAUUACAAUGCCCAAAAGGAAUGAGAGCACACUGAUUUCUGAGUACAUUUUUUUACACCCCUGUAAAAAUGAAUCCCAGAAUUCUUCUCAUGACAAAAAUGUAAACAUUUUUGACAGAGCUACAAUAUAUUUGAUCUAUCUUUCUUAUGAGCAUUGAAUGCUCUUACCACCAGUACUGUAUGUGGGGACAUAGACAUAGCAGCUGUAUGUAGGGACAUAGACAUAGCAGCUGUAUGUGGGGACAUAGACAUAGCAGCUGUAUGUGGGGACAUAGACAUAGCAGCUGUAUGUGGGGACAUAGACAUAGCAGCUGUAUGUAGGGACAUAGACAUAGCAGCUGUAUGUAGGGACAUAGACAUAGCAGCUGUAUGUGGGGACAUAGACAUAGCAGCUGUAUGUGGGGACAUAGACAUAGCAGCUGUAUGUGGGGACAUAGACAUAGCAGCUGUAUGUGGGGACAUAGCAGCAAAAUAUAUGACAUAUGGUAAUAGACCAAAUUAAUUAUAUGAAUAAAAUUGUAAUACUAGAUUAACAAAACCAAUAAAGACAACUUUAUAUUUGAAUAAAUCUCGGUAAAAAAAUGCUUCUGACAAACAUAAGCCCAGAGUAUCUGACAUAGGCCUAUACCGCUACAAUUUCAUUACAUCCAGAGAGACACCAUGAACAGAAAGUACAGGCAUGGCAUUAGGCUUUGGCACCAACUCAGAGAAAGCGCUUGUCUGAGCAUAUAGCCUCUAUAGAAUAGCAGAGUUGGAGAGCUAAAACCCCCAAGAUCUUCUUACAUCAUUCUUGCUAACUGACACAAGCUAGUAGAUUGAAUAAUACCAUGCUAUGCAAGAAGGCUAGUAGUGUCCCUGGGCAUGUAACAAGGUGUCCAAUCUCUGCCACUUUUGAUGACAUCAUCCCAGCACAGUAAAUGUUUACUACAUCCCUCAUCUUGCAAAACAAAUGACCUGGAAUUAAUACAACGGCAACUUCACAUCAGGUCAUUCUAAACCCCUCCACAUCAGGACACGUUUCUCAUUAGAACCGCAGCCACUGCAGAACAAGCCUAGGAACAGAGACUUCUAGAACUUCUCUGACGGAUGGGACAUGACAAUGAUCCCUUUGGAAGGGACCUGAGCGUUUGGAUCGCUGCCCUUAAAAAAAGGCAAGUAAGUAAGGCAGACCUAUUGAGAAGGAAUUACAUGCAUGAUGUCCUUUUUUAAUUCUUAUUUUGCCUGACUCCAUGGCCCUGUUAGCCAAAAGGAACUGAUUGCUGAAUUGAUAAAUGCUAACAAUUAAGCCAACUUACUUUCCUGACAGACUGAAAACACUGCUUACUGAGACUGGAGCGCCCACAAAGCCAGCAAGUUAUUAAGAUUCAAUGUAUUUGCUGCUGCAUUCAUCACUGUCUUUAUGGGGGAAGGUUUUUACAUAUUCUCUUUUAACACAAUAUAUAUUGCCAGGUUCAUUUAUUUGAACCACACAUCCCACCCAGAAUCUCUAAACGAAUAACAGUAGCUACUUCAUCUCAAUUCAGUGCAGCAUCUUUUGUGAACGCAUUGUAUUCCAGAUAGGCGAGGAUGAAUGACUAGAUUACAAUGAAGCGGCAAAGUCACAAUGCAAAACAGAACAUAAUUCUUAUCCAGCAAUUUCGUGAUGAUUGUAUUGUCUAAGUUCUAUUCGAGUUGUAACCCGGAUCUAUUCAAUCUGUUCAGAACCGUUCGCCGACCAUUCAGAUAACAUCAGUCCAUUUGCUGCAAAUAUACAUUACAAAGACAUCCACCCUCAGCCCAUUCGCUUCAGAAACAGUAUAUUAUUACAUUCAUUACAACAUCUGACAAACCAUUCCACUAAGGCCUCCCAUUGGUUUCAACUCUAGUCCAAUCAGGUUCUGCAUAUUAUUAACGAAGGCAUUCUGUAUUCGAUAAUAGGUGGGUGUAUAGCUGACCAUGUUCAAAAUGUCAAAGCAAAGGUAAUGAAGGGGUGUAACAGUCCCAGUGUCACGGCUUUCUUCCUGGGAUGAAGGAGAGGACCAAACUGCAGCGCGGUUAGUGCUCAACAUGUUUAAUAAGACGAUAAAUGGUGAACAUCAACAAAUAACAAAAAUAACAAACGUGAAAGCCGAGACAGUCCUAUCUGGUGCAGAACACAGAGACAGGAAACAACCACCCACAAUCCCCAACACAAAAACAAGCCACCUAUAUAUGAUUCUCAAUCAGGGACAACGAUUGACAGCUGUCUCUGAUUGAGAACCAUAUUAGGCUGGACAUAGAAACAGACUAACUAGACACACAACAUAGAAUUCCCACCCAGCUCACGUCCUGACCAACACUAAACAAGCAAAACACAUAAGAACUCUGGUCAGGACGUUACACCCAGGCAUUCUGGGACGUGACGUAGUUGUUGUUGGGGGACAGCAUCUGCUAGCAAUAUCGCUACCUCAUGUUGUAACCGAUUUAGGAUAUCCGUGAGAGGAACUCAAGAGAGUAAGUCAAACAUGAUUGGUGUCAGAAAGAAAAAGCACAAAUAUAAUUACAUGAGAAAAAGUCCACAUGUAACAACAUUUUUUUUAAAUGUUUUUUUAUUUUAUUGCAGCUAUUGUAAAUAAUAAUACCUGCAUAAUACCUUACUUUUUUGUUUAAAAUGAAGGUUUAAUUGUUUUUAAUGCAACAUGAGAAUACUGGACAGCAUAAAUAUCUUAUGUAUAAAUGAAUCAUAUAUGAUGUAGCUACUUGAUCGUUGAUAUUCUAUCGGCUAUUAUCUUGGUUUUGUGGAGUAUUACAAUUUUAUAGAUAUGUGUUAAAUUGGUGCUGAAUUUGCACUGAUUAGAUUAGGAUGGAUAACAACGUUGACUAAAGACAAUGUAAAAGCCACCUAAUCUUUAAAGCUAUCCCUUCCAUAUCAGGUAACAAGCUACUGAAUCCGGUGAAUCUGGUGAGGUAUAUUUGACCCAUUCCGAUUUUAGAUAAUUGACUUCUGAUUGAAUCUUGAGCAAUAUCCGUGCUAUAGCACCAACAUUAGUAUUCUUUUUUUAACUGGGUAAAAAAAAGUAUAUCUACAAUUCAUACACACAUACUAUAGCUUACAAACAUUACCCAAAGCUCACUUUCAAGCACUCUUGUAUAUAGCCUCGAUAGAUUGCAUGUGCAUAGCCAAUACUGUUUCUUACUGCAAAGUUAUGCAAAAUUUUAUAUCCCUGAAUUGCGUCAUUUAUCCUUUCACUAAGUUCACAGUAGAUAGAUACUGAUACACAUAAUAUAUGAGAUGCCUUAGACUGAGUGACUGAGAAGACAUAAGAGCAGUAAAAUGUCUAUUUUUCUGUCUCCCUUUCUCUUCCGCUCUCUGUUGCAUCACAUAUCAUCUACCUAUCACGCUAUAGUAUCAGCGCCUGAGAAUGUUUUUGGAAAAAUGCUUGACGCGCUUGAACAUUUCGUCAGAACUCUUAGUAUCACGACUAUAACUAAUAUUUUGUCUUCUUAUGCAGAUAACUGCUGUCAUAGCUGUAGUAUUCCCAAAAACUACUGCUGCAUGCUGACCUGUAUAUUGCCUGUGAGACAGCAGGAAUACUGUACUAUUUAAAUUGCACUGUAGGUCCUAUCCUGUUGGUGUCUGUUCAUGCAGUCAAUGAGGUAUUCUCAUUGUCAAUAUUACUAUGGCUAAGACUGGAAUAAUAUACACCUCGCCCGCAAAAGCCAUUACAAAAUCAGCUCUGCAAUUUUCAAGUGUACCAGUUUCUUUUUUUGAGGUUCAUUGGAAUGGGUAGUAAAUUACUAUGAUGUGACGACGUAGGAAAGGUUUGUCUUGAAAAAACAUGAAGAAUGAAGGGAGAAAACGUGUCGGAAUGCUAGAAAGAGAGGUCAAGUUUUUUGUAGACCUGCACCUGCAUUAAAUUCUAUUUUCUUAAUAUUGAUGUCAGCCUACAUGGUAUGCAAGCAAAUGGUCACCCAGGGGUGAGAGUAAGUCUUGGGGUGACUUUAUGCUAUAUACAGGAAAAUAAUGUGUGAUUUUGGCAACAAAGUUUGACCAUUCAUUAUUGAGCCUACCAUGUAUGUGCAUCCUUCAAACAAGACUCAGUAGUAUUUAGUAUUCAGCAAUAUAUGUCCAGUUUACCUACUUCAGGGUUGAGUUCACUAGCCCGCAGUACAUAGCUGAAAUCAGCUGAAUGUUAUACCUACCUGGCAGGUUUAUUUCAGAUCCCUUGGUGGGAAAAUGUCAGAUAUAUUCAGGAAAACUGCUUCUGCAAAUUAAACGAUGCAUGCUAACCUUGGUUGUUAUUAUUGCAUUUUAUUGUUUUGUUUAAUUUAAAAUGAAUGACUUUCCAAACUUGUCUGUUAGGUUUAAGUCCAGAAUUCUUACUGUUGGUUCCCCAGCUAUAUUAUCAUUGACUUUUAUAAUACUUCGCUAUCAUGUAGAAACAACUAUACCCUUGUAUGCUAUAAUUAACAAUUUAUAAAAUGUUAUACUUUUGGCAUCAUGCACAGAAUUUUUUUAUAUGUUUUUUUUUUCUGUAAUGAAUGAGCAAUGUCCAUUAAAGGAUUUUGAAGAGA